AUGGAUAAUGCAAACCUGUGGACCCGUCGGGCAAACUCCUCAAAGUUGUCACUUUCAAUGUCCGGCACGGAGGCCAGGGAAGGUGGCGCUCGGGUUGAAAUGCCCCGCGCAUCGAAACGCUUCGGCCCGGACAGCUCGCAUGGUCGCUCGAAUCCCUUUAACGCAAUAUCCCCGCUAUCCGGCGGUGUCUCCUCGCCAUCUACCAAUGCCUCCUCCGCCUUCGGCCUCGGAUCUGGCGCAUUCGCCUCAUUCGGUGCCCCCAAGACUCCCGGUGGCUCCGAGUUGAAAACACCCGGAGAACGCCGUGAGGUCUUGGAUCAUGACGAAGCUCUACGACAAAAGGUUUUCGACGCCUCUGUCUCUGCUCCUGGUGAGCAUCCCCUCAAGUCGACGUGGAUCGUCUGGUACCGCCCUCCUACUCCCAAAUACUCCGACUACGAGAAGUCUACCGUCCCGCUUGCUUCCAUAUCCUCGGUAGAGAGCUUCUGGGCUGUCUACUCGCACCUGAAGCGCCCAUCGCUUCUUCCGACUGUUUCCGAUUACCAUAUCUUUAAGAAGGGUAUCCGUCCUGUUUGGGAGGAUGAGGCCAACAAGCGGGGUGGGAAGUGGAUUGUGCGUUUUAAGAAGGGCGUGUCUGACCGCUACUGGGAGGAUUUGCUCUUGGCUAUGGUUGGCGAUCAGUUUGCGGAGGCCGGAGACGAAGUCUGCGGUGCGGUGUUGAGUGUUCGGGGCGGUGAGGAUGUGCUGAGUGUCUGGACAAGAAUCGACGGUGGGCGCAACAUUAAGAUCAGAGAAACGAUCAAGCGCCUCCUAGCAUUCCCCGGAGACACCAACAUCAUCUGGAAGAGCCACGAUGAUAGCAUUGCGCAGCGCUCCGCCAUUGACCAAGCCCGCCAAGAAAAGGCCACUACUGCUCCCACUCACCAGGAACGGCGGCGCACAGGCACUGACGACUCUGACAAAGUCAAGGCUGUGGCCCUGUGA